AUGACGCGCCUGGGAAAACAUUGCUGUAUUCUGAAGUGCCUACAUAUUACACAUGGAAUAGGCAAGAAUAAGACAUCAGAAGCACCCGACAGAGACAAGAAUAAGACAUCAGAAGCACCCGACAGAGGCAAGAAUAAGACAUCAGAAGCACCCGACAGAGGCAAGAAUAAGACAUCAGAAGCACCCGACAGAGGCAAGAAUAAGACAUCAGAAGCACCCGACAGAGACAAGAAUAAGACAUCAGAAGCACCCGACAGAGGCAAGAACAAGACAUCAGAAGCACCCGACAGAGGCAAGAAUAAGACAUCAGAAGCACCCGACAGAGACAAGAAUAAGACAUCAGAAGCACCCGACAGAGAAGCACCCGACAGAGGCAAGAAUAAGACAUCAGAAGCACCCGACAGAGGCAAGAAUAAGACAUCAGAAGCACCCGACAGAGGCAAGAACAAGACAUCAGAAGCACCCGACAGAGACAAGAAUAAGACAUCAGAAGCACCCGACAGAGACAAGAAUAAGACAUCAGAAGCACCCGACAGAGGCAAGAAUAAGACAUCAGAAGCACCCGACAGAGGCAAGAAUAAGACAUCAGAAGCACCCGACAGAGACAAGAAUAAGACAUCAGAAGCACCCGACAGAGGCAAGAAUAAGACAUCAGAAGCACCCGACAGAGGCAAGAAUAAGACAUCAGAAGCACCCGACAGAGGCAAGAAUAAGACAUCAGAAGCACCCGACAGAGGCAAGAAUAAGACAUCAGAAGCACCCGACAGAGGCAAGAACAAGACAUCAGAAGCACCCGACAGAGGCAAGAACAAGACAUCAGAAGCACCCGACAGAGGCAAGAACAAGAGAUCAGAAGCACCCGACAGAGGCAAGAAUAAGACAUCAGAAGCACCCAACAGAGGCAAGAACAAGACAUCAGAAGCACACGACAGAGGCAAGAACAAGACAUCAGAAGCACACGACAGAGGCAAGAACAAGACAUCAGAAGCACACGACAGAGGCAAGAAUAAGACAUCAGAAGCACACGACAGAGGCAAGAAUAAGACAUCAGAAGCACACGACAGAGGCAAGAACAAGACAUCAGAAGCACACGACAGAGGCAAGAACAAGACAUCAGAAGCACCCGACAGAGGCAAGAAUAAGGACACGGGUAUACAAACGACAAUGAGAGGAAGAAAAGAGCCCCCCAGCCAUGGUGUGGCCGAGGAGGACUAA